UUGGCCCACUCCCAUCUUCCCCAUAAUUUUCCAAAAAUUCCCCAAAUUCACAGCACCAGCAGCUUCCGCUUCCAAAUUCAUCGUCAAUGGCUUCCACUUCUGCACUUUCAAUGGCCUUGCCAUUAACCUACGCCACUCAUAAGCCACUCUCCAACGACGCUUUCUUCAAUCCGUUGCCUUCUUUUAAGUCUCGCAAGGCCAUCGCUGCCGCUCCCAAAUCCAACGGAAGGAUCGUCGCCGUCCGAUCUUCGUUGAAGGAGAAGGCUGUUGCUGGAAUUACGGCCGCUGCUUUGACGGCGUCGAUGGUGAUUCCGGAGGUUGCAGAGGCCGCCGGACCAGGAGUGUCGCCGUCGCUGAAGAACUUCUUGCUGAGUAUUGCGGCCGGUGGAGCUGUGGUGGUGGCGAUAUUGGGAGCGGUCAUCGGCGUCGCGAACUUCGAUCCGGUGAAGCGAAGCUGAGUGGAAUUGUGAAGUUAAAAAAAAAAAAAAAGUAAAUUCUAAAUUGUAUUUUUGUUUAACUGUCAUCCAAUCGUUUUUUUUUUUUUUUUUAAUUUGUUGCAAGCUGCUGUCUGUGGUAAUGUAUGGAUUUUAGUUGUAACUUUGUUUCAUUCAACUCUAAUUUUCUUCAAUUCUUCUUAGAUUUCAAAUGAAUUUCGAUAUUUCUUACUGUUCCAGCAAAA